AUGUCUUCCCCAUCGGACCGGGAGCUGGCAUUCACCCAGAUGUCCAGCAGCACGCCCCCACAACUUUCCUCUUUUUCCCAGCAAGGCAACGAGGACUGGGUUGCGCUUGGCCGAGUGCAGAAUUCUGCUUCAGUUGCCGUCCUCGGUCGUCUGGCUGGAGCAGGCAUCGACACCCUUACAGUUGCCUUCGGACCAGCAAUGUGCUCUGCCAUUCCCAUCGAUCUUCAUGGAGAAAAGGUGCUCCAAGACGCCAUGAAGCGACUAGCAUCGCGCUCCUCUUUCGGCGACCUCAUCUGA